AUGAGUUUCCACAAAGCGCCACCGCCCAGGCUACCCAGCCUCGGUGGGACCUCACCGCUCGCCGCCAAGUCCAACGAUGUGUACGAUUACAUAUUCAUCGACAGUGGCAGCCCCGAUUCGUACCUGGCCGGCGAGCUAGUCGGCAGCAUCGUGAACGAUAGCCUGCAGCAGCUGCUCAAUGGCACCGAUUCCGCCGGCAACCGGACCGAGCUGGACGGCCGGCUGCUCAAUGGCACCCAAACCGGGCUGAACGAACCGCUCGGUGACGUUAUCGUGAUGGCGGUGACGUCGCUUAUCCUUGGACUGAUGAUACUAGUUACCGUUAUAGGAAACGUUUUCGUAAUUGCUGCCAUCAUACUAGAACGAAACUUACAAAAUGUAGCAAACUAUUUAGUGGCGUCACUCGCUGUAGCCGAUUUAUUGGUAGCUUGUUUAGUUAUGCCAUUGGGUGCUGUUUACGAGAUAAGCCGUGGCUGGAUCUUGGGCCCCGAACUAUGUGAUAUUUGGACGUCGUGUGACGUCCUUUGCUGUACGGCUUCCAUUCUACAUCUGGUUGCAAUUGCCACCGAUAGGUACUGGGCGGUGACCAACAUCGAUUACAUGCACUCCCGCACCAGCCGGCGCGUCUUCACGAUGAUCUUCCUGGUCUGGUUCGCUUCGGUCAUCGUCUCGCUAGCACCGCAGUUCGGAUGGAAGGACCCAGACUAUUUACAACGAAUAGAGCAGCAGAAAUGCAUGGUUUCGCAGGACAUUGCAUACCAGAUCUUUGCGACGUGCUGCACCUUCUAUGUUCCUUUAUUAGUUAUACUAGUGCUGUACUGGCAGAUUUAUCAAACCGCCCGGCGACGGAUACACCGACGGCGGCCCAAACUUCCGGUGACGGCCAAUAACAAUCAACAAGAAACACCAAAAGCAACAAAAUCGAAAAUACGCUUCCGGCUGAAGAAAAAAUUUGGCAAUCCAGCCAAAACGGCAGCAUCCUCGCUGGGUCUGGUGGAAGGUAACUCGACCAACACGGUCAACACCGUGGAGGACACCGAAGCCAGUUCGAACGCGGAACGUAAGGCGGGGGCCGAAACGGCCUUCAGCAGUGACGAGACGCCGACAACGGCAGUGGCUAACAACAGCCAAAUCCCGACCGUGUCCCAUGAGGUGGCUCACCGUCUGAUAGCGACUACGUUGGAGGCGAACAAUAACAAUCAUAACAACAACAAUAAUAACUCGUCUUCGGGGAGUGACACUCACCAGCAUCAACAGCACCAGCAGCAGCAGCAUUCAGCUCAGGGCUCUGGGCAGCUUAGGCCGGCCAGCAAUAAUGCCUUAUUGCAACCUAUUCAACACUCUCCCACGCUGUCCGGUUCGGCUGCCAACACCGGCUCGACGCUGAACAUCGCCAGCACUCCGAACCCGCACGCUCAGGUUUCCAAGCGGAAGGAAACGCUCGAAGCGAAGCGCGAACGAAAAGCAGCCAAAACGUUAGCCAUUAUCACCGGGGCGUUCGUCGUGUGUUGGUUGCCAUUUUUUCUGACGGCUCUGCUGCUGCCACUGUGCGAGUCCUGCUACAUCAACGAUAGCGUCGCGUCGCUGUUUCUGUGGCUGGGCUACUUCAACUCCACUCUGAAUCCGGUCAUUUACACCAUCUUCAGUCCCGAGUUCCGGCAGGCAUUCAAACGAAUCUUGUUCGGAACGCAUCGCAGCACCACCUAUCGGCGGGGAAAGCUGUAA